CUUCUCUUCAUGUUUCUUCUGAAGGUUUGUGGCUUGUUUCAGUUCUGCUCUUUCCAGUCUCCAAACUCACUCAAUUAUUUCUGACACAAGGCCAACAAUGACCUGUAAAUAAACCUUACAGUAUAUAAACAUACAGCGGUCUAAAUUUUUAAAACUAUAUGUUUUUGAUUUAUGACUCAUUUGAUGCUUUAUUUAAAGAAUAUUUGACCCGCACCACCAAGAUAGUUCUGCUGUUUGAUUAUUUGAAAAGGCUGUGAAUAAGAAAAGAAAUGGAAGAACACAGAAAUAUGGAGAUGUAUCAUGAAACAGGAAGUUAGAGUUUCUGAAAAGUAAGAGCUAACAGGAACUUAAAAAAAAAAAAAAAAGAAAGUCCACACAAAAUAGAGUUGUGCCAUUAGUGAGUGAGAAGCAGUCAUGAAGGACCAUUUAUAUCUUUUCCUCUUUAUGAUUCAUUUUAGUACUGGCUGUAUUCUUUCAGAUGAGAAUCAGACAAAAGAAAUAUCAGGAUACACAGGUGGUUCAGUGGUGCUGCCCUGCUCCUGUGCUGAUCCUCAGUCUACAGCCAAGACAUUCACAUGGCAGUUUCAUAGUGGAAAACAAUGGAUUGAAGUAUUUGAGGAUAAGAAGUACAGAGGCAGACUUGUGCUGUUUAAUGAAAGUUCUCCACAAAAUCUGUCUCUUCUCAUUUCUGAACUCAGAAAGGAAGAUCAAGGGUACUAUAAGUGUAUGACUGAACGACAUUCUAUUACAUCCAUUCUGUUAAUAGUUAAGGGCUGUAAUUUGGUUCAGAACACAAAGCCGAAUGCGGUGACUGGAUAUGCAGGAGAGUCUGUGGUUCUGCCCUGCUCCUGCACUGAACUACUGGCUAAACCUGAACAGAUACAAUGGAUGUAUUUUGUAAAGAACACUUAUUUGGAAAUUUACCCAAAUGAAAAGAUUGAGAGCCACAAGAACAGAAUCAAACUGUUAAAUCAAACAACUCCAGGAAAUCUCUCUCUACACAUAUCAGCACUGACCGCAGAGGACCAAGGAAUCUAUUAUUGUUCUGUCUCGUCUCAAACAGUCUUCUACAGACUUCAUGUUGAACAUUUUCAACGGCUCUGUGCACGCACAUUGCCAUAACUAAAUGACAGCUAUCAACUUGCAAGACAUUUUGUAUACAAUGUAUGGACAGAAAAGAUCGAUUUUACCAUAUCAAUUGGAGCCCGAGUCUGACAAUGAAACGUCUGAAGUAGUCGAUCAACCAGAAACUGAUAUUAUUAGGACAUUGGCUGUUUAUUAGCACUUCUAAAGCAUAUAUUAAUGCUUCAUUCUGCAUGACCAUAUUCUUGAUCCUCCAUACCUAAACAUUACCACUUACAGGAACUACCUUACUUACCAUCAAAUAAGCAAUAAUAAGGAGUUUAUUGAGGCAAAA